GAAAACAACGUACUUCGGUUCCUUCCUUCUUCUUCCUCCUCAUCACUCACUGCAACCAAAAAAAAAGCCCUAUAAAUCACGCCGAUUCUCCCUCUCUCUCCCCCCUUUUCUCUCUUCUCUUCUCUCUCCCCCCGAAUGAAGAAAACACUUUCCUUCUACGUCACCGUCCGGCGACUAAUUCCGAUCAUCCUCCGACGACGACGAUGUUCCCCUCCUCUGGCGACGGAAUGAAGCGCAGCGCAUCCGAGUUGGCUCUCGAGGAGUAUCUGAAGAAGGCCGUCGCCUCUCCCGAAGUUACCGACGCCGACGACGACCUCCAGAACGACGACGUUUUCAAGAUCGAACGCGAAGUGAGAAGCCCUACGACGGCCGAUGCGUGCUUUUUCCGCGAUAUCGAUUUCAGUUUCUUCUUGAAAAAUCGGGAAAGAGGAAUAAUAAGAGAAAAUGGGAAAUUGCAGGAGAUAGUGGACGCUCUUGUUAACUGUGGAGGUGGGCUGGCGGAGGCUCCUUUUUGGACUCAGAAUCUCACUCCUAAGCAUUCAACCAUUUCAGCCACUAUGGAUUCGCAGUCAUCCAUUGUGAGCAGCCCAACAUCAGGCAGCAAUUUGAUGGGCAGAGAGCAGCAAAGAGGCAACAAUAACAGUGGGUCCUCUCAGGAUCAGUCUGAUGAUGAAAUUGACGCUGCUUCUUGUGAACUCAGCACACACGACCCUCUUGCCUUGAAGCGAAUCAGAAGGAUGAUCUCCAAUAGGGACUCUGCUAGAAGAUCUAGGAAAAGAAAACAAGCCCAUUUGGCUGAACUCGAGACCCAGGUGAAACAGCUGAAAGGAGAAAAUGAAACCUUGUUCAACCAGCUUUUAGAUGCCAGUCAGCAAUACCGUGAUGCCAAUACAAACAACAGAGUCCUUAAAUCAGAUGUAGACGCUUUAAGAGCCAAGGUAAAGUUGGCUGAAGAUACAUUAGCCAGAGGCUCAAUGACAUGCAGCCUAAAUCAGCUGCUGCAGAGUCAUUUGAGCACGCCGCAGCCACAGACGGCACUCCGACGGGUGUCAAAUAUCGCAUCGUUGCCGCCCGGUCUUCCCGGAGACGAAGUUUCUUACUCCAGUAUGACAAUGUCCGGGCAGAAUCCGACUGCCACCGGACUUGGAAACUCAGAUAUGCAUAUGAAAACUGGAAUGGCCAGCGAAGCAGUCAGCUGUGUUUCUGGGGUUUGGCAUAGAAAUUAGCACUGUUAAUGAUCAUUAUGUGUUUGUUUUAGCUUUGUAUGAUAGAACUUCACUUUCACUCCCUCCAUUUCCCCACCUUCUGUUUGCUGUGUUAAUUCUAGACAGGUAUUUGCCCAUUUGCUUGUUUUGGGUCAGCAUGAAUUGCCAUUUUACUCUCUUUUUCUUCU